GCGGCCGCGAGCCGCGGGCGGGGGCGCCGGCGCCGGGCGCUGCGGCAGUGGCGCGGCGUGGCCGAGGCACGAGUGGGGCACAGGCAGUCCGUGGCCCUCGCGCGAAGGUGCGCUGCCCAGAGGCUGCUCUCCUGGGCGGUGGGCCGCUGGCUGCUGGCCCGCCUCCAGCCGCCGGCGGCCCGCGCGGCCGGGCCCGAGGCCGCCGAGGACGGCGCGCCCGGAGGUGGCGGUGCGGUGGCGCCGGCGCUGGCGUGGAAUUCGGGGGCGAUCCUGUUCGGGUUCAGCGGCUUCGCGGGCACGGCCUGCGGGGGAGCCAGCCUUCACCGCCGGAGCUCCGCGGGGGCCUCGCUGGCGCUGUGGGCCAAGGCCCAGCGCCUCGCGGUCGCCCGCACGGCCGAGGGCUGA